AUGUUUGCUUCAGAAUGCAUUUGGCUAGAUGCUCCUGCAAGGUUGGCUGCGACUAGAGGCAUUAAUCAUGUAAAUAAGCGUGAUAUUGUUUCCGUCGAUAUCGUUAGUUCUUGCUCUGAAUUGCUCGAAUUUGUAACCGGGUCAAAGAAAACCCGUUUUUCUCUUUAUCUUUCGGCUCAACUAAUGUAUGGAUUAUGUCGUAUCUACGCUGAAAAACUUAUCAUAACCCUUCGUGAAGCUAACGAUCUUUAUGCCAGAUCGUUGGUUUCUUUUCGUCCUAACGUAAUUCAAAUUGACGAAGUUCGGCGACCCCAUAACAAACAAAGAACCGAUGUUGAUAUUGAACUACCUCUAACAUCAUAUGGAGAUUUCGGUUCGUUCAACAUUUCUGGCCAACUGAUGCAAUCUCAAGACAUUGAAAUACCUGUGCACAAUUUGGAGAAUUCAUUUUAUCUUCAAGCUCGUGCUGAAGACAUAACUCUUAUUGAUGCUUCAGUUACGCCAAGGACCCAUUCUAGUUACGCCUUUGGUGAAGACUUUCAAACUGAAUUUUUGUCCGAACUCUUGGGAGACAAGAGUCAAAAGCAAGUUCCUGACCUAUUUCAGGAUGAAGGUCAUCGGGGUAAUAUUGAUCAAAUUGCUGAAGAAAGGGAGAGUCGACUUACAGUAGAACAGCUACUGCCACUUGAAAGACCUUGUGAAGCGUUAAUUCCACAGAUACGACCAGAGAAUACCGCCUCAAUCUAUGAUCUUGAACAAGACCACCAGAAGUCGUCUGAGCGGUUGGAAGUAAUUAGAGAACAGAGCGAACAGCAAGCCAACGAGACCACAACAUUAAAUCAACCCGAGGCUUCAGCUUUAGUGGAAGUUCCUGAACAAACAAGUUCUAGAACUCAGUUGGCAGAAUCAGUGAAAGGGCCGUCUACACUUGAUGGGGUUCAACAGCCAGAAUUGAGCACCGUCCCAUCUCUUCAUGAAGGUCCACAAAUUCCAGAGGAUACUCAGGCGCAGCGGCAAGCACAGCACGAGAACCCACAAGUCAACGAGGAAACUCUUGUAGCACCUAGUCCAAAACGCCGACGCGUGGAAGAAAAAGACGCAACCACAAACGCCUCAAAUCGCAGUAUUUCCUUCGAUCUUGGCAACGCUCAACCUUGCGCUACGUCGUCUGCUAUCAGACCAAAGAUGCUAACGCCAUCACCAAGAUUGCGAAUAGUUCCACAGUCCCAACUCUCCGUCGUCCAAAACCCUCGCCGUCCACCAAAUCGAAGACGUGGAAAGUAUCACAAAUUCCUUAUAGACGAGAAGCUUCAACUCUCCAAGACUGAGAUGCUUAAAAACAUCCAGAAUCCCCGCGAAAUUCUUCGUACCAGAGCUGAAUAUCGCGCUCUAGGGGCCUCAUUAAUGCAUCCACGACGUGCGCGUUCACGCUAUCCCGAUCGUUUGCUUGCCCUUCCGACUAAUUUCGAGUUGUCAAUCAGCCAAACACUCUCUCAGAUGUGGCGUGCCAAACGUCAGCUCUGCGAAUUCGGGAGGUUGGAUGAGGAUUUGCUUCCGCAAAAAUCUCAACCUCCCUCGACGCGCCAUUCGAAGGGCUAUUUGUGGAGCAUUCGGGAAUCGGGUUUGGAAUCUUCAAAAGAAAUGGUUCGUGGUGGCGUAAGUGAGAUUUCUAUGGAGCCUUUAGGCCUGCGAGUAUCGUCAUUAGCUCUUCAAGACCAAUCAGCUGCAGAAAAAUGUAGUCUGGCGGUGCCUUCUCAAAGUAUCGUUAUUCCUGAAGAGCAAAUUCAACAGAAACCGCAGGAGAUGAAUACUGAAACAACAAUGAAUCCGGCCGAAGAAUUACCUCAACGCGAGAAUCAACCUGUGGAGCCGAUUCCUGAAGUUCAAAUUCCUGAAGUGAUGCAAAUAGAAGAACGGCACCCGAUAACGAUUUUACCUGAAGCUCCAGCAAUCCAACAACCCGAAACGAUUUCUGGUAUUCCAGAGUUUUACACCAGCGAGUCGGCACUCUUGGUGACUAUUGAAGCCGCCCUUAAAGGGGGAGAACCAACGGUUGACUUCUCGCGUUUGGUUUCAAAGUGUACUUCCAGAAAGCACGCUGCCACGACCUUCCACCAUUUGCUCUGUCUCUUGAAAGCGAAGUGUGUUAGAGUCACUCAAUCGGCUCCAUUUCAACCCAUUUUUAUCAGCCUUGCGGAGUCAUAA